UUCUCGAUGUUUUAAUAACAUAGACUACUCUAAACCCCGACGUUAGUAUUGUUCAUGAGGAACGGUUUUAUUCGCAUAUUAUUAUUCUAUAAUGUUAUAUAAUACGUAUGAAUCAAUAUUUAUCAUAUUUAAUUCACAUUAAAGUAUGUGCCACCGGUGGCGCACGUCGUCCCCUGGUGAAGAAAGGUACUUUCUCAGACGACGUGCUACACCGGUGGCGCACUCUAUUAGUGACAAAAAAUAGUGCGCGUAGAGCUUCUAUUGGCAGCCUUAAGAGUGCGACACUUGCCGGAGCUACUUAUAGCGCUCUAUUAGCAACAAUACGAAUCAGACCUUCUUUAUAAGCCGCCAUUACCUGUCUUCUUGUCGUAGAGAUUGUUCUGUGUUGCUGUAAGUUCAGUGAGUUCAUUUUUAUUUUAGAAAAUGGAUGAAUCAGACAUCGAUGACGCCCUUGAUGAUGACUUUAGUGAUCGUUCUUUGACCGAUUUUUCAGUUAGUGGCAGUGAAUAUAUGCCAUCAGAUGAGGAAAGUGAUGUAACAAGUGCAGAGGAGUUGAAUGAAGAAGAUGGCGUUGUUAGUGAUUUAGAUGAAUUGGAAUUGAUGGAAGUAGAUGAGGAAUAUCAAAGGGUUAGAGAGGAGAGUGGAGACGAAGAAGGCAAUAAUAUUGAAAAUGUAAGUGACCCUGUACAAGAUGUAGUUUGUAAGGUUCAUUGUGAAUAUGUAGAAAAUAAGUUAGAGUGGACAGAACCAAAAUUGACAUGCAGAUCAUAUCCUUUCACAGGAAAUGCAGGCUUAAAAACUGUUGGCCAAUUUAAUUUAAAUGAUCCAUUUGAAAUUUAUAAACAGUUCCUAGAUGAUACAUUAUUGAAUUUGAUUGUUUUGGAAACUAACAGGUAUGCACAUCAGUACCUUGCUUCAAAGCCUGUAAAAAAGCGUUCAGCAAUGGCUAGAUGGGUUGAUUGUACAACUGAAGAGAUACACAAAUUUUUUGGUGUACUGAUGAUCAUGGGCAUAUGCCCAUUGCCUCAAAGACAAAUGUACUGGUCAAACAAUCCCAUGUACCAAAAUAGUGUCAUCAAGAAAACUAUGAGCAGAGACAGAUUUGACUGUCUCCUAAAAUGCCUACAUUUCCAAAAUAAUGAGGAACCAGCAACUGAAGAGCCUCGGUUGUGGAAAAUAAAGAAACUGCUCAAUCAUUUAAAUGCAAAAUUUGAAAGUCUGGUAACACCUGAAGAGUCACUAGUUAUUGACGAGUCUAUGGUUCCAUGGAGAGGGCGUUUGAUUUUUAAACAAUAUUUGCCAAAAAAGGCUCAUAAAUAUGGAGUCAAAAUUUACAAGAUUUGUACCACUGAUGGGUAUACUUUAAAAGCAAAAAUUUACGCUGGUAAGUCAGACGUAACUGCAAGAGAGGCACAUGCAGAUAAAAUUGUCAUGCAUUUGAUGGAAUCAUUUCUAAAUGAGGGUAGAACACUGUUUGCAGAUAACUUUUACAACUCCACAAGGUUGGCCAACACUCUGCUUGAGAAGAAAACUUAUGUUUGUGGCACCCUUCGAAGUGACCGAAAAGGCAAUCCAAAAGAAGUCACUAGCAAAAAAUUAGCCAAAGGUGAAGUAAUUUGUCAAGAAAGCAGUACAGGAGUAAAAGUACUUAAAUGGCAUGACAAAAGGCCUGUACUGAUGAUAACCACUCGCCCUGAAGACGUUUCUACUCUUGUGGCAAGCAAAAAAACAACAAAGAAAGGCGAGGUUGUCAUGAAACCAUCAUGUGUCAUGGCGUACAAUGCAGCAAAAAAAGGAGUGG